AUGUAUGAUGCCCUGACGCGGACCGUGGAAUCGGAGAGUCUAGUUCGCUUAUGUGAUGCAUGGACGGGACUGUGGCUGAGCCGCCGGGAUCCCUGCACAUGUGGCGACGCUGCAACUCCCCUAACACCACCGCCGCCUGACCCACUCCACGCCUCCGACUUGCUUUGCCGCCUGCCAUAUCACCACCACCACCACCACCACCACCCUCGCUUUCCCUUUUCUACGUCGACUUUCCCGCCGCGAUCCGUUAAUACACACAACUCCACACACACGCUCCCGGCCAAGAUGCCAGCCCCAGGGCUACGAACGGAUGCACAGGUGGCCGGCAAUGACGAAGCAGACUCGCCAGUAUUAGCACAAGGGAACCAGCAGUGGCCACCAGCCUCGCCGCCCCCGUCUUUCCAUUCCCGAGCGUCCUCGCCCAACGGUGGCGCAUCACGGCGACUGCUCGCAGACGACCCCGUUGCCAACGAAGAGGACCGUACACUUGCCGACACAUUUGAUUCGGAAUCGGACGACGAUGAGGAUGACGAUGGGCGUGACGACAGGCAGCGGCUGAUGCGGGGGAACCCGACCACAGAAGACCAGCCGGUCGCCCCCGGCAUUCAGAGGAGAGUCACGGAGAUUCCAGUUUUCAACACGCAGGCGCCGAGCACGGGACGGGUGUAUGGUGGCGGUAAUGGCGGUGUUUGGGCGAAUCUGAGCGCGAAACCAACGCCGGGACAGGAUGCGGAAGAGAAGCCACCCACAUACGAGCAGGCCGCCGCAGACGCAACACCACCAUACUGGGAAACCACAAUCCUCGCACCCGGAACCUAUGGCGACGAAGUAUUCGUCGAAGGCCUCCCCGUCGGCUCGCUCUUCAGUUUCAUCUGGAACGCCAUGAUCUCCAUGUCCUUCCAACUCGUCGGCUUCCUCCUCACAUACCUCCUGCACACUACACACGCCGCCAAGAACGGAUCCCGCGCUGGUCUCGGAAUCACACUGGUACAAUUCGGCUUUGGGUUCCGCUCCGCCGUGCUCAACCCUGGCGGCGGCAGCAAUGACACACCCGGCACAGGCUUCGAAGGCGGCGUGCCCAGCGAGCCCAACUCGCACGACUUCGACCCGGAUACCGUUUCAGGGCCGGGCAGCGGAAGCAGUGAUCUAACACCUGCGGCGAGCGCGGUCACGGGAAGCGAUUGGAUUGCGUACGGCUUGAUGAUUGUGGGCUGGUUCAUUCUCAUCAAGAGCGUGUCAGAUUUCAUUCGCGCACGGCGGCACGAGCAACUUGUGCUGCAGUCGCCGGACCGCGGGCUGGGUGUCGCUGUUAUUGCCGAGGGCGAGAGUCCCGAGAGGAGUGUAUAAAUAACCUCUUCGUAUUUCAUCUUUCUGGCCUACAUUGGGCAUUCUUCACUUUCAAACAGACUUUCUACUUGUAGUGUUGCCAACGACGCAACUUUUUCUAUAUCCUUGUGAGAUGGUGGAAUUCGAAGGGCGAUUGCAUAUAAAUAUUGCACGAAUUUCCUUAUUUUGGUUUUGGUCUUAUAUAUAUCCCCCCUACCGGCAUACCCAGUGGCAUUCUCGACGUAGAAUGCAUGCAAAUCCCAUACUUUUUCUC